CUUAAAUCUGAGAAGGGUAAUGAGAGUGAAUCACUAGAAGUGAAGAUUGUAUUUAAGUGUACCAUCUGGUGAAAGAUUUUUUCACUCGCUUUCAGUGAGCAAAAGAUCACCAUGCCUAUAAGGCAAAUGAAAGAGAGCCCAGAACAACACUUUGUAAUCAAACCUCAGUCGCAGAACUCCAUGAAUGCAGUUCAGAAGCACACCAGAACUGCUCAAAGUGGCAAAGGCCCACCAACCCUUACCCAAGAACCCCAGAACAACAAAGCCCUUAACCAAACUUCACCCCCAUCAAAAAAUAGAAGAAGAAGAAGGGGGAAAGGUGGCCGGAAAUCCGAUCAGGGCGACGUUUGUGCACGGCCAAGUUCGAGGCCUUGCACUGAGGCGAAUAAACCAGUCUCGGUUCAACCAGCCAUGGCUGUUGUGGCAGAUAUGCGAAAUGGGUCUACUGAGAAUGGGGCCAACUUGUGUGGAGUGGAGAUGGAUUUGCCUUCAUCAAGCAAGUGUUUCAGUUUUGCUCCUAGGCCUGGGUUUGGGCAAAUUGGGACGAAAUGUAUUGUAAAGGCCAACCAUUUCUUUACACAGUUACCAGACAAGGACUUGAUCCAAUAUGAUGUUGCUAUAAAUCCUGAAGUGGCAUCAAGAAAUGUGAACAGAGCUAUCAUUGCAGAGCUGGUGAAACUGUAUAAAGAAUCUGACUUGGGGAUGAGAUUACCUGCUUAUGAUGGCAGAAAGAGUCUGUACACAGCUGGUGAGCUUCCUUUUGGUUGGAAGGAGUUCACCAUUAAACUUGUAGAUGAGGAUGGAAACAAUGGUCCCAAAAGGGAUAGGGAGUACAAAGUGGUCAUCAAGUUUGUGGCACGGGCAAAUAUGUAUCAUUUGGGCCAAUUUUUGGCUGGUAAGCGUGUAGAUGCUCCUCAGGAAGCUCUUCAAAUUCUUGACAUCGUUUUGAGAGAGCUCUCAACAAAGAGGUACUGCCCUGUUGGACGGUCCUUCUUUUCACCUAAUAUUCGUAAACCACAACGGCUGGGUGAUGGCUUGGAGGCAUGGUGUGGAUUCUACCAGAGUAUAAGACCUACCCAGAUGGGCUUGUCCCUUAAUAUUGAUAUGGCUUCAGCUGCAUUUAUUGAGGCUAUACCUGUGAUGGAUUUUGCCGCUCAACUUCUUGGCAAAGAUGUGUUAUCUAGGCCUUUGUCUGAUUGUGACCGUGUGAAGAUCAAGAAGGCCCUCAGAGGCGUUAAAGUUGAAGUAACUCACAGGGGAGAUGUACGAAGAAAGUAUCGAGUUUCAGGAUUAACAUCUCAACCAACAAGAGAACUAGUGUUUCCUGUGGAUAACAACUCAACCAUGAAGUCAGUUGUUGAAUACUUUCAAGAAAUGUAUGGCUUCACAAUUCAGCAUACUCAUCUUCCUUGCCUUCAAGUUGGAAACCAGAGGAAGGCAAACUAUUUACCAAUGGAGGCCUGCAAGAUUGUUGAGGGCCAAAGAUAUACGAAAAUGUUGAGUGAGAAACAAAUCACCUCGCUUCUGAAAGUUACAUGCCAAAGACCCAGGGAUCGAGAAAAUGACAUUGUCCAGACGGUUCAACACAAUGCUUAUGAUCAGGAUCCAUAUGCGAAGGAGUUUGGGAUCAAAAUCAGUGAAAAACUAGCUUCUGUGGAGGCACGGGUUCUUCCUGCUCCUUGGCUUAAAUAUCAUGAAGCUGGGAAGGAAAAGGAUUGUUUGCCCCAAGUUGGUCAGUGGAAUAUGACGAACAAGAAAGUGAUCAAUGGAAUGACUGUUAGCCGGUGGGCAUGUAUCAACUUCUCCCGGAGCGUGCAAGAGAGUGUUGCUCGUGGAUUUUGUCACGAACUGGCUCAAAUGUGUCAAGUAUCUGGCAUGGAAUUUAUUUCAGAACCAGUGAUUCCAAUUUACACAGCCAGGCCUGAGCAAGUAGAGAAAGCUUUGAAACAUGUUUAUAAUGCAUGCAUGAACAAACUCAAAGGAAAAGAGUUGGAGCUGCUAUUAGCUAUUUUGCCUGACAAUAACGGGUCCCUUUAUGGUGAUCUAAAGCGAAUAUGUGAAACUGAUCUGGGGUUGAUAUCCCAAUGCUGUCUUACAAAGUAUGUCUUCAAGAUUAGCAAGCAGUAUUUGGCUAAUGUGUCCUUGAAGAUCAAUGUUAAGAUGGGUGGCAGAAACACUGUUCUUUUGGAUGCUAUCAGCUGCAGAAUACCAUUAGUUAGUGACAUACCAACCAUCAUAUUUGGAGCAGAUGUGACUCAUCCAGAGAAUGGAGAAGACUCCAGUCCCUCAAUAGCUGCUGUGGUAGCUUCUCAGGAUUGGCCUGAAGUCACAAAGUAUGCCGGAUUGGUUUGUGCUCAAGCUCAUCGACAGGAACUCAUACAAGACUUGUACAAAACGUGGCAUGAUCCUGUCCGAGGCGCAGUUAGUGGUGGUAUGAUCAGGGAUCUUCUUGUUUCUUUCCGAAAGGCAACUGGGCAAAAGCCUCAGAGGAUUAUAUUUUAUAGGGAUGGCGUGAGUGAAGGGCAAUUUUAUCAAGUUCUACUUUACGAAUUAGAUGCAAUUCGGAAGGCUUGUGCCUCGUUAGAACCAAACUAUCAACCUCCAGUUACAUUUAUUGUGGUACAAAAACGGCAUCACACCCGAUUAUUUGCCAACAACCAUAGGGACAGGAACAGCACAGACAAGAGUGGAAACAUAUUACCUGGUACUGUGGUUGAUUCAAAAAUCUGUCAUCCAACAGAGUUUGAUUUUUAUCUAUGCAGCCAUGCUGGUAUUCAGGGGACAAGUCGGCCAGCCCAUUACCAUGUGCUAUGGGAUGAGAACAAUUUUACCGCAGAUGGGAUUCAAUCAUUGACAAACAAUCUCUGCUACACAUAUGCGAGGUGCACACGUUCUGUGUCUGUUGUUCCUCCUGCAUAUUAUGCACAUUUAGCUGCAUUUCGAGCCAGAUUCUACAUGGAACCAAAUAUACUGGAGCAUGGCUGUGGUGGUGGUGGUGGUCAAGGUGCUAAGAGUAUUCAAGUAGCUGGAGAGUCUGGUGUACGGCCACUGCCAGCCCUUAAAGAGAAUGUGAAGAGAGUAAUGUUCUAUUGUUAGAAAUAGAGAUAGGGAAAAGAGAAGGGAAGGGUUUUUUUUUUUUUUUUUUNU